AUGCAAUAUACAAUCCAAACGCUGGUCGUUGCCGCCCUCACAGGCCUGUCCUUAGCUGCCGAUGUGUGCCAGCACCAUGCAAACGCGAGUCCCACACCUAGUGGAAAUCCCAUCCACCAGCCUCCAAAGGGUUUCCCAGUGCCGGCGGGCAAGAAUUUCGAGAUCACCUGGACACCUAGCUCCACAGACAAAAUCUCAAUAGCCCUCCUCCGUGGCCCCGCCGACCACGCCGAAGAAUACCAAUGCAUCGCCAACAGCAUCGACAAUUCUGGGAGCUACACCUGGGUCGUCCCUUCCAGCCUCGACGCCGACACCUCCAACUACGGCCUCAAGAUCAUCGACGACAGCACAGGCGACUACCAAUACUCAGACCUCUUCGGCAUCUCCAACACCGCCAAAAAGUCCUCUUCCUCCACAACCCCUACCCCUUCCCACACCAAAACCCCCAAAGAAUCCAAACCCCACAAACCUACCCCGUCGUACCCAGCAGGCAAUGGCACCCACCCCCUCCCAACAGGCACCCACAAAUCCAAACCCUCGCACUCAGGCACCGCCGUCUCCAGCAAAGCGCACAACAAGACCAAAACGGCCGAAGCGAAGACGAGCACCUACCUCCCGAGCAGCAGUGUCGUGCAGAGCGCGAGUCAAGGGCAGGAGACGAGUGUGCAGGUUGUGGGUGGUGGUGCGUCAGGCGGUGGGGAAGCGACGGCUACGGUGGGAGCGCCGACGACGACGCCAACGGGGACGCUGGAUUCGGGUGUUGGAAGGGUGGGGAUGUCGGCGGGAUUGUUGGCGGGUGUGGGUGCGUUGGCUGUGUUUGUGCUGUAG